UGGGGGGGUUGUUAAAAAAUAAAUAUAAGGGCGGCCAUCUUUGUUUCUCUGCCUUGUAGUGUAAAAUAUUCCAAAACGCCCCCCACUUUUUGUGUGUCCAUUUGAAUAUUAAAUAAAUAUCAUAAUUCGGACGGAAUACACUUUUGGAUCUCGCGGAACGGGGUCACCAGCGGGAAUAUAAUGUCCUCUCUUCUCCGUUCUUGUGAGGAAGAUGAGGGCACGGCGGUUAAUUCCGAGGGAGGAGAUUUUGAUGAAGAAGAAGAAGACGACGGAGACCUGGACGAGAACGCAAGCGACAUAAACUCGCCGGCGGCGCCUCGAGAAACUGCAGCAAGAGCCGCGCCAGAUGAUGGAGACGACAUUGGCGAGACGUCAGACAGGGACAACCUGGGGAAAAAGAAACGAGGCCCUAAGAAAAAGAAAGAGACGAAGAAGAAAGACAAGGAGGGGAAGAUGACCAAAGUGCGCAAGCGCAAAAAAAUAGACAGUGACAUCGAGAGAGACUCCGAACCGGACUAUGCCAUGAAUUCUGACAGUGCUGCCAGCGAUUACGGAGGGGAGAAGAAAAAGAAGAAGAAACACAAGGAUAAAAAAGAGAAGAAAACCAAGAAAAAGAAGAAAGAGGAUGAAGACAGCACACAUGAAGAGACCGCAAAGCCGGUGGAGAUGAAAACAUCAGCCCAGCUGGCUAGAGAGUGGGGGCUUGAAGAUGUCGAUCACACAUUCACGGAAGAAGAUUACCGCACGCUAACCAACUACAAGGCCUUCAGCCAGUUCAUGAGACCCAUGAUUGCUAAGAAGAACCCUAAAAUCCCCAUGUCCAAGAUGAUGACCAUUCUGGGGGCCAAAUGGCGUGAGUUCAGCUCCAAUAAUCCGUUCAAAGGCUCGGCCGCAGCCGUCGCUGCCGUAGCCGCCGCCGCCGCGUUAGCCGUUGCUGAGCAGGUCUCGGCAGCAUCAGCCUCACCUGAACCCCCACCGCAGCCACCACCACUUCGCAAGGCCAAGACCAAAGAGGGCAAAGGCCCUGGCUACAAGAAACGCAGUAAGAGUCCUCGUGUCUCAGACAAGAAGAAGCCAAAACCCAAGAAAAUGGCCCCUCUGCGCAUUAAACUGGGACCACUUGGUAACAAGAGGAAGAAGAGCAGUUCGAGUGAGGAGGUGGAUGAGGACGACUCUGAGCAGGAGAACUCCAGCGUUCAUAGCUCUUCGGUCCGAUCUGACAGCUCGGGAAGGGUCAAGAAGAACAAAAGGGGUCGUCCGGCGAAGAAGAAGAAAAAGGUGCUGGGUGAUGAGGAUGGCGAUGGCUAUGAGACUGAUCAUCAGGACUACUGCGAGGUGUGUCAGCAGGGGGGAGAGAUCAUCCUGUGUGAUACCUGUCCUCGAGCGUACCACCUGGUGUGCCUCGAGCCUGAGCUGGAGAAAGCGCCCGAGGGCAAGUGGAGCUGCCCUCACUGUGAGAAAGAAGGGAUCCAGUGGGAAGCAAAGGAAGAAGACUUUGAGGACUUUGAAGAGGAGUGUGACGAUGUCCGGGAUGUGGAGGCAGGGCUGGGAGGAGAGGAAGAGGAGGAUGAUCACAUGGAGUUCUGUCGCGUGUGUAAAGAUGGAGGAGAGCUGCUGUGCUGUGACUCCUGCCCGUCGUCCUAUCACAUCCACUGCCUGAACCCCCCACUGCCCGAGAUCCCCAACGGAGAGUGGCUCUGUCCACGCUGCACUUGUCCACCAAUCAAAGGGCGAGUGCAAAAGAUUCUGCACUGGCGAUGGGGUGAUCCCCCACCCCCAGUUCCUGUCCCUCCACCCCCAGACGCGCCCCCCGAUGCCCCGCCCCCUCCGCCCAUGAAGGGUCGUCCAGAGAGAGAGUUCUUUGUGAAGCUAACGGGACAGUCGUACUGGCACUGCACCUGGAUCACAGAGCUACAGCUCGAGAUCUUCCACUCUGUGAUGUUCCGCAACUACCAGAGGAAAACGGAUAUGGACGAGCCGCCUAGUCUGGACUACGGCUCUGGGGGAGAGGAGGAUUCUGGGAAGAGUGAAAAGCGGAGGGCCAAAGACCCUCAAUAUGCCAUUCUGGAAGAGAAGUACUAUCGAUAUGGCAUCAAGCCAGAAUGGAUGAUUGUUCACAGGAUAAUCAAUCAUAGCAUCGAUAAAAAGAGCAACUACCACUACCUGGUUAAAUGGAGAGAUCUGACCUAUGACCAGUGCACCUGGGAGAGAGAUGAGCUGGACAUCCCGGAGUUUAGUGGACACAAAACGGCGUACUGGAGACACAGAGAGGAAGUGAUGAAGGAAGACCCAGAGAAGCCAAGGAGGAUGAGGAGGAGAGAGGAGAAUGAUGAAGCUCCAAGCACGCCUGUUAAUGAUCCCACAAUCAAGUAUGAAGAGCAGCCAGACUUCGUGACAGAGACAGGAGGGACGCUGCACCUCUACCAGCUGGAGGGGCUGAACUGGCUGCGCUUCUCCUGGGCUCAGGGCACCGACACCAUCCUGGCUGACGAAAUGGGCUUGGGCAAGACCAUCCAGACUAUUGUCUUCCUCUACUCACUGUUUAAAGAGGGUCACACUAAAGGGCCAUUCCUGGUGAGCGCACCGCUCUCCACAAUCAUUAACUGGGAGAGGGAGUUUGAGAUGUGGGCUCCCGACUUCUAUGUCGUCACCUACACCGGAGACAAGGACAGCAGGGCCAUCAUCCGCGAGAACGAGUUCACUUUUGACGACACAGCGGUGAAUCGAGGAAAGAAAGCCUUCAAAUUACGGAGAGAAGCUCCCAUUAAGUUCCAUGUGUUGUUGACGUCCUAUGAGCUUGUGACUAUAGACCAGAACGUUCUCAAGUCCAUUGACUGGGCCUGUCUUGUAGUGGAUGAAGCCCACCGUCUCAAAAACAACCAGUCCAAGUUCUUCAGGAGACUGAAUGACUACAAGAUAGACCACAAGCUGCUGCUAACGGGAACGCCACUCCAGAAUAACCUGGAAGAACUUUUCCACCUGCUCAACUUCCUGACGCCCAACCGCUUCAACAAUCUAGAGGGUUUUCUAGAGGAAUUUGCGGACAUCUCUAAAGAGGACCAGAUCAAGAAACUGCACGACCUGCUCGGGCCACACAUGCUCCGGAGACUCAAAGCUGACGUGUUUAAGAACAUGCCAGCCAAAACUGAGCUGAUCGUCCGAGUGGAGCUCAGCCCCAUGCAGAAAAAGUACUACAAGUUCAUUCUGACGCGUAACUUUGAAGCGCUGAAUUCGAAGGGAGGAGGGAACCAGGUGUCUCUGCUCAACAUUAUGAUGGACCUAAAAAAGUGCUGCAACCACCCCUACCUCUUCCCCGUCGCUUCCGCCGAAGCUCCCAAAACACCAAGUGGAGCGUAUGAAGGUGUCGGCCUCACAAAGGCCUCUGGGAAACUCACGCUGCUGCAGAAAAUGCUCAGAAAACUGAAAGAACAAGGCCACCGAGUGCUGGUGUUUUCUCAGAUGACCAAGAUGCUGGAUUUGCUGGAGGAUUUCUUGGAUUAUGAGGGUUAUAAAUAUGAGCGAAUUGAUGGAGGCGUUACUGGAGCCCUCCGGCAGGAAGCCAUCGACAGAUUCAACGCUCCUGGCGCGUGUCAGUUUUGUUUUCUUCUCUCUACACGUGCGGGUGGCCUGGGCAUCAACUUGGCCACUGCGGACACAGUCGUCAUCUUUGACUCUGACUGGAAUCCCCACAAUGACAUUCAGGCCUUCAGUCGAGCUCACCGCAUUGGUCAGGCCAAUAAAGUGAUGAUUUACCGCUUUGUGACCCGGGCUUCGGUCGAGGAACGGAUCACUCAGGUGGCCAAAAGGAAGAUGAUGCUCACACACUUGGUGGUGCGGCCCGGUCUGGGCUCAAAAGCCGGAUCUAUGUCUAAGCAAGAGCUGGACGACAUCCUCAAGUUUGGCACUGAGGAGCUUUUCAAGGAUGAGAUUGAGGCAGGGGACAAUAAGGAAGAUGACGGCAGUGUAAUUCACUACGACAACGCCGCCAUCGAGCGUCUGCUAGACCGCAGCCAGGACGCCACAGAUGACUCUGACAUGCAGAACAUGAACGAGUAUCUGAGCUCCUUCAAGGUGGCCCAAUACAAUGUCAGAGAAGAUGACAAGAUAGAAGAGAUCGAGAGAGAGAUCAUUAAGCAGGAAGAGAACGUGGAUCCUGAUUACUGGGAGAAACUCUUGAGGCAUCACUACGAACAGCAGCAGGAAGAUCUGGCUCGCAAUCUUGGCAAAGGAAAGAGAGUCCGCAAACAGGUCAACUACAAUGACGCAGCUCAGGAGGACCAAGAGUGGCAUGCUGACAUUUCAGAUAACCAGUCAGAAUACUCUGUGGGCUCAGAGGAGGAGGAUGAGGACUUUGACGAGAGACCUGAGGGUCGCAGACAGUCACGCAGGCAGCUCAGAAACGAAAAGGAUAAACCACUUCCACCCCUGUUGGCCAGAGUGGGUGGCAACAUUGAGGUAUUGGGCUUUAACACGCGCCAGAGAAAAGCCUUCCUGAAUGCCGUCAUGCGAUGGGGGAUGCCCGCUCAGGACGCCUUCACCUGCCAAUGGCUCGUGCGAGACCUCCGCGGCAAGAGCGAGAAAGAGUUCAAGGCGUACGUAUCUCUCUUCAUGAGGCACCUCUGCGAGCCGGUGGCUGACGGUUCGGAGACGUUCGCUGACGGUGUCCCGCGUGAGGGGCUCUGCAGGCAGCCGGUUCUCACGCGUAUAGGGGUCAUGUCUCUGGUUAAGAAAAAGGUGCAAGAGUUUGAGCACAUCAACGGUAAAUGGAGCAUGCCUGAACUGAAGCCAGAGAUCACUGUGGACUCCAAGAAAUCUUCGAGAGCCUCUUCUCCUGCCAUUAAGACAGACACUCCCACCCCUGAGCUGAGCUGUAACAACACACCGUGCACCUCCAAACCAGCCACUCCCUCUCCUCCGCUCGACAAGAUAGAAAAGAGCGCCAAAGAGGUGGAGAAAGAUGAGUGCGAGUCCCAGACAGAACCAGAAAGAGAGAGAGAGAAGGAAAAAGGAAAAGAAGGAAAGGAGGGGGAGAGUGUGGAAAGCACUGAACAUGGAGAGACUUCCACCACUGUGGAAGAGGGUGAGAAAGAUCCCGCAACGAGUGAAAAAGCUCAGACAUCUGAAAGUCCAACCACAGCAUCCGAUGACUCAAAAACGAAAGAAAAUCCUGAUAUUUCUCAGUCUUCUCCGAAUGAAAAGAGCGAGAGAGAGAAACAAGACGAGGAGAGCACUGAAAAAGACGCCUCCCCAGAGAAAACGUCUGAUUCCCCGUCCAUUAAAGAUGAGAGCAGAGAGGCUCUGAAAGGGGAGAAAAGAGAGAAGACCGGAGAAGAGAAAGAGAAGAGUGAAGUGACGACGACUCCUACAGAAACAACGGAAAAGAAAGAGAAGUUGGAUCAAUCUUCUGAUGUCAAAAAAGAGGAGGUGAAGGGUGAAAGGGAUGCUGGGAAGGAGGGCCGAGGGCAGAGGGAGGAAGUGCCCAAAGGUAACGGCAAACCCACAGAGCGCCCACGGUUUAUGUUCAACAUCGCAGAUGGAGGAUUCACAGAGCUUCACACUCUUUGGCAGAACGAGGAGCGGGCGGCCGUUUCGUCAGGCAAGAUCAACGAGAUCUGGCACCGGCGACACGACUUCUGGCUGCUGGCAGGCAUCGUUUGUCAUGGCUACGCCCGGUGGCAGGACAUUCAGAACGACCCUCAGUUCGCCAUCGUCAACGAACCUUUCAAAACUCAAGCCAACAAGGGAAACUUCUUAGAGAUGAAAAACAAGUUCCUGGCCAGACGGUUUAAGUUGCUGGAGCAGGCCCUGGUGAUAGAGGAGCAGUUGCGUCGGGCUGCGUACCUCAACAUGACCCAGGACCCCACUCACCCGGCCAUGGCCCUGAACGCCCGUUUUGCCGAGGUUGAAUGUCUAGCUGAGUCACAUCAGCAUCUCAGCAAGGAGUCGCUUGCUGGAAACAAACCUGCCAAUGCUGUCUUGCAUAAGGUUCUUAACCAACUGGAGGAGCUUCUGAGUGACAUGAAGGCAGACGUGACGCGGCUCCCGGCCACACUCUCCAGAGUCCCUCCGAUCACGGCCCGUCUGCAGAUGUCGGAGAGGAGCAUCCUCAGCAGACUGGCCAACAAAGGCAACGAGACACACACCCCGCCGCCUAUUCCUUCAGGCCCGUAUGCCACGCCACAGAAUUUCGGCCAUCCCUUCACACCUGCACCUUCAGCGGCUCUCACUCUAGCUGGGGCCAACUACGGCCAGAUGCCCCCUGGCUCCUUCAUAUCAGAAGCCCCGUCCUGCCUGAAGACUAAGGAACAUGACGUGCUGCAGCGCCAGAGGGUGGUGGACCUGUGGAAGGACGGCAAGUCGGAAGGGUCAAUUGGGCAGGAGCUCCGCAUGCCCAAAUCCACCGUGCACAGCAUCAUCGUCAAGUAUCGCCUCAGCAACACGGUGGAGAACCUGCCGCGCAACGGACGGCCCAAAAGACCGUGACCUGAAACAGUGAUGGAUGGAAGACUGGAGGAAGAAAGACUGUAGAAUGUGAGGGGCGGAAAGGCUAGAAAAACGAUAAACCGGUAAUAAAUUAAACAGGACGGGAGGGAACAAAGAGGUGGGAAUGUCUAAAAAUAUUAUAGUGCGACUGGACUUCCUGAGAGUUUUUUUUUUAAGGAUAAAUGGUUAAUAAUACUUGAUGGAAAAAAGACGAAAACACAGACCUCUUUCCAGCACUUUUUUUAAUUCUCCCUUCCACUCUCACUCUUUCUCCCCUUGCCCCCCUCCGCUCUCUUUCUUUCAUCUGUCGGUCCGAGAGAAGUCCCAGCAGAUUAAUUUUUCAUUUGGCCGAAGGAGCGAGAGUUCUCGUUUAAGUGCCCGAAAUCUUCCCUCCCUAAUUCCGCCACAAAUCACCAUUUCUCUGCAUCCCUUUAUACGGUAUAUCUCUUUCUCUUUUAUCAUUUAUCCACUCUCCUUCUCUCUCUCUCACACGCAUAUGCACCCAUGCAGCCUCUCACAAUGUCAGAAGUGAAGGAUUCCAAAUACCACAAGUUUGUUUUCUGUCAUUAAAACCCCUGACCUAAUCAAAACUGUUUUGGAAAGGAGGCACAGUGGAGUGGAACUAUCUUCUUUUUUUUUUUUUUAUGGAAACUGCGGAUCUCUCAAAAUAUUCUCCAGCCACGGACUCUCUGCGCUCCUAAACCAGGACUGCGAAAUGUUACAGUGGCACGAAUCCACUCCAUAUAUUGCAUCCCGUCCGAAAAUAUCUUUGCACCUGAUCUGAGAUCUGUUUUCUGGUUUUCUCAAGCUGCCUUAUUGGAGGAGCGUGCUGAUCCUGGGUCAGAAGUCCACACGACUCAACCUGCCCGACCAAAUUCCUGCGUUGUGCUUGAGCCAGAUUCAAUCCCCAGCAGGACUUUUAUACAGUACAUGACUGUUGUGUGAGAACUGCAAAAAUGCACAAACACACCCACGUGUGCGCAAGCACGCACACUUGAGAGACACUUAAGUAGCUCUUUAUUUUCCACCACGUUUUAUUGUAGCGGUAUGCUUGAGUGUGUGUGCACGGUCAUGUAUUAUCACUGGACUGAAGCUAAGUGUGCAUAUGGUCGGGCUUGAUACUGUACGAGUGAAGAUACAGAAGGUUCUUCUGUGUGUGUGAUUAAUUGUGUGUGUGCUGGUUGUUUGGAUAGGCCGGGUCGCUGAGGCCAGCUGCCAUCUCUGCGUGUUUUUCUGGUUUACCGAGAAAGAGAGAGACUGAGACUUGAGGCAGGCUGGUGUGCAGGAGCAAAACUUCAGAUAAUGGUUAGUCAGAGAAAGUGGCAUACCGAGAUGUUUAAAAUGAAGACUGAGAAAAAAGAUGAUCUGAGUAGGAAUAACAAUUUAACGGUGACAAUUAUUUGUUUGAUAUAUUUGGAUGAAAAAGCCUAAUACUUUAUGCAUAUUAUAUGUAUAUGAGGGCUUUGAUAAACAUUAUAGGCAGUAAAAAUAACAAUAUAAAAUUAUAUAAAUGUUAAUUAAAACAAAUUACAGGAACACAAACAUUCCCAGACACAGUUU